AUGUGCGGUGUAUCUGCGCUCCUUUUGGGCGACACAAAAGCCCAGUCGGCCGCCGUCGACCUGCACGAGUCUCUGUACUUUCUUCAGCACCGCGGGCAAGAUGCUGCCGGUAUCGCCGUCUGCCAAGGCGGCAGGGUGUACCAGUGCAAGGGCAACGGCAUGGCCGCCAAGGUGUUUGACGAGGGCCGAAAGACGGCCGACUUGCCGGGCUUCAUGGGCAUCGCCCAUCUGAGAUACCCCACCGCUGGAACUUCAUCGGCGUCCGAAGCCCAGCCUUUCUACGUGAACUCCCCCUUUGGUCUUUCCAUGAGCGUCAACGGAAACCUUGUCAACAGCCCAGACCUCAUCAGCUUCUUGGACCGUGAGGCUCGCCGCCACGUCAACACCGACUCGGAUUCGGAACUGCUACUUAAUGUCUUUGCCCAUGCCCUUUACGAGCUUAACAAGGCCCGAGCAAACGUGGAUGAUGUGUUUACCGCUCUUCGCGAGGUUUAUGCGAGAUGCCGUGGUGCCUUUGCGUGCACGGCGAUGAUCGCAGGGUUUGGUAUCCUGGGGUUCCGUGAUCAGAACGGCAUUCGCCCGCUUUGCCUAGGCUCCCGCCCGUCGGCGACUCUGGAGGGCGCCACAGACUACUUCCUGGCUUCCGAGUCGGUUUCUCUGACACAGUUGGGCUUCAGCAACAUUGUGGACAUUCUUCCCGGGCAGGCUGUGUUCAUCCGCAAGAACGGUGCUCCCGAGUUUCGCCAGAUCGUGGAGAGAGAGUCCUACACCCCAGACAUCUUCGAGUUUGUAUACUUUGCCAGGCCCGAUAGCCACAUUGAUGGAGUGUCGGUACACCGCAGCCGGCAGAACAUGGGCUUGAAGUUGGCCAAGAAGAUGAAGGAGACGCUGAGCGAACAGGCCAUCAAGGAGAUUGACGUCAUAAUUCCGGUUCCUGAGACAAGUAAUACUUCGGCAGCUGUACUGGCUACAGAGCUGAACAAGCCCUUUUCCAACGCUUUCGUCAAGAACCGCUACGUUUACAGGACAUUUAUUCUUCCCGGCCAGCAGGCGCGGCAAAAGAGCGUCCGUCGCAAACUUUCACCGAUCGCAUCUGAGUUCAACGGCAAAGUUGUAUGCCUAGUGGACGAUUCGAUUGUGAGGGGAACUACCUCGCGCGAGAUUGUGCACAUGGCGAGGGAGGCGGGUGCAACCAAGGUUUUUUUCGUUUCAUGUAGUCCCGAAGUGACACAUCCGCACGUCCACGGUAUCGACCUUGCCGACCCGGCUGAGCUUAUCGCUCAUGGAAAGACGAGGGAGGAAGUCGCCUCGCUCAUCGAUGCAGACGAGGUUGUGUACCAGUCUCUCGAUGAUCUCAAGGCUGCAUGUUUUGAUGCAGCCGGGCCCAACAACGAUGUCAAUGAUUUUGAGGUCGGUGUCUUUUGUGGCAAGUACAAAACUGAAAUCCCCGAAGGCUAUUUCGAGCACCUCAGCCGCGUCCAGGGCGCGAAGAAGAAGGCCAAGGCUGUAGCAAAUAUUGCCAGCAGCGGGCCAACAAACGACAGUCGAAACGGACUAAUGAGUCCUGAACAUCGGGAAGACAUUAGUCUUCACAACUUCGCAACCAAACCUUGA